UCUGCGCAUGCUCAGUCGCUGUCAUUGGAGGUUGCUGUUGAAUGAUGGCAGCUACACAUGAGGAUCUAGCACAGAGUUGAAUAUUGACUCUUUCUGUUUGAGGUACCAUGACCUAUUUCUCCCGUCGUAAGUAGACAGUAACCGAUAGCUCGGCUGAAGUUAGCUCAGCUCCGUCCUUUAUUGUCUGUUGUUUACCCGCCUGCUUGAGACACAAGACAUGCAGAGAAUAAGGUCUUGGCAAACUGGUUGGCAGCUGCUGAAAUCAAGCUGUGAGGGAGCAGCAAAACAUGUAAACACCUCGCCUGCGACCUCCCGAUGUUAUAGCAAUCUCCCUCCUCAGGGCCCCGGCUCCUUCGGGCUGCUCUUUGACAUUGAUGGGGUGCUGGUGCGGGGCAGGACCCUGAUCCCUGAAGCCAAGCAGUGCUUCAGGAAUCUGGUGGACAGCAAUGGGAAAUACAAGGUGCCUGUGGUGUUUGUCACCAAUGCUGGGAACUGCAUGAGGCAGACCAAAGCUGAGUUCCUGUCCAAUCUGCUUGAGGUGGAGGUGUCUCCAGAUCAAGUGAUGCUGUCCCACAGUCCUUUGCGAAUGUUCAACCAGUUCCACAAAAUGCGUGUGCUGGUGUCGGGACAGGGCCCCGUGGAGGAGGUCGCACACAACCUUGGCUUUCAGGAUGUUGUUACCAUAGAUAUGCUCAGAGAUGCAUAUCCUCUCCUAGAUGUCGUAGACCACAGCAGAAGGCCCAAAGACGGUAUUCCCCCUACUAAAGGCUUACCACCAAUAGACGCUGUCAUCUUAUUUGGUGAGCCAAUCAGAUGGGAGACCAACCUCGCGCUUAUCGUUGACGUGCUCCUAACAAAUGGGAACCCAGACAAUGUGUGGAGUUCGACGCGGUUCCCUCACAUCCCGGUCCUGGCCUGUAACAUGGACUUGCUGUGGAUGGCUGAGGCGAAGAAUCCAAGGUUUGGUCACGGCAUGUUCCUGGUGUGCUUAGAGAGCCUCUACAAGAAGGUCACAGGCUACGACCUGAAGUACGAGGCUCUGAUCGGUAAACCCAGUGUGGUGACUUAUAACUACGCUGAGCUGCUGAUUAGUCAGCAGGCUGAGAGACUCGGCUGGACCACACCUGUGAAGAGGCUGUACGCAAUAGGGGAUAACCCCAUGUCUGACAUAUACGGCGCCAACCUCUACAACCACUACCUCAAGGCUUCCCAGCGCACCAAGGCCCAGAUGCAGGCUAAGAGUGGCGGAGGAGGUGUAGAUCCCGCGGCAGGAACUGUUGAUGACACCCCAAAAAUGACAUCGGCAGAACUAGGCGGAGGCUCAGUCGUGUUCGGGGCGGAGGAGGACCUCCCAGAGGGGUGCAGCUCCAUCCUGGUGUGCACAGGAGUGUACAGCAGAGACCAGCAGGAGCUGCCAACGGAGCCCACCGUCACGGAGCACCGCAUCUUCCACGGGCACAGGGACUUCCGGUUUGACCCCAGCCUCACGCAGCCGUCCUUUGUGGUGCAGGAUGUGAAGGAGGCGGUGGAGCUGGUGUUUCAGCAGGAAGGCUGGCCUCUGGAGUAGGACUUCUAACUCAUCUCUGCCCCUGGUUAACUACUUACAGGGCAGAUGUGGCUGUUUCAGUGGCUUGUUCUUAGAUAUUUUCACAAAGUGCCAUAGAAUCAGCAGCAAAAAGCAACAAUAUGCAGUUUUAACACUAAAUGUAGGAAAGUUAGACCAGUUUUAAGUCGGUCAAGCAUGGUAAUGUGUCACAGACUGCUGCACUAUUUUUAUUUUUGUUAUUCUUAUGAACAACACACAUCACUGUUUCUAAUAGCCCUACCUUCUACCUAUAAACUGUAUGUCAAGGACUAAAGUUUAUCAAGAGGGACGUUGUGUCCUUUCUUGCCUUUGCACCACACAAUGAGUUUUCUCUUUUUUUUAAGUACAUGGAAUGUGUUGAGUCUAGGUGUCAAGUUACAUGCAUUUUACUACAUCAGACUUUUAUAUAGUAUCUGUCAGUUCAUGGACGAGGGACAUAGUUCAAACUCAAACUGGACGACAUUCAGAUUGAUCCAGGGAGGGCUCUAUAGAGACACAUCUGAUGGUUUGUCUGUGACACAGCAUAUUCUCUAGAGAAAAAGAUGGAUUUUAUUAUUUGCACAAUGGCCAACCUAACUGGGUUAUGUUGCC